ACUUUGUAUCUACUGGUACACUAUCACUAAGGCCUAUUCUUUAAGUAGGAAUACCGAUAACCACGCUCUUUAUGAACAUAUUGCAUACUCUUUCGAAAUUUUAUAAACUGCCAGUUGUAAUUUUUAUUCAGUUUACACUGUUUAUGUUAUGGAAUAUUGCUCCAUAUUGUAAAUGUUUUACGUAAGAGAAAUAUUAUGUUUUUUAUUUUCAUCGAAAAUACUUUUUGGUUUGGCCAAUAAUCAAGUCGCCCAACAACGCGAAGCUAGUCUUAUUGUACUUCCUCCGAUUAUAUUGGGAUAUGAUGAGUUCUACGAUGACGGAACAAAAGAUAAAUCCAGUAGAGAAAACGAUAAAUCAAGUCACGAAAAAGAAAAAUCUGUAGCCAGUAGUGAAGAUAAAAAUGACAAAAGUCAAAAUACCCAAGAUCAUCAUGGUAAUAACAAUCAUAAUGGCCAUAACCAUAAUUCUCAGGAAAAAAAUGAUAAAGAUCGUUCCGAUGAUGGUCAUCGUCCUAAGAGUAAGGAAAACGGUGAUAAAAAUGUUGGAGAACGAUCUCAUAAGUUAUCACAUAAAAUUAAAUGUCGUGCUAGAAAUGGUAAAUUCAAUGGAAAAUCUUGCCCCUUUAAGAAAAAAGAAUAAUUAAGAAUUAAUAUUCAUUAUGAGUUCUGCAUUUGUGGAUAGACUGUGCGGAAAGAGAACCGUCGUAGGAUUGGAGGUUGCAGCAGUUUCCAACCCAAUUACUUUUCUGUUAUGUUGACCACACCGUUAUAUAUAUAUAGUUCGACACUAAACAUACCUAUUAUAUAGUUCGCGUAACCUCUACUUUCUACUACUACUUCUUUUCUCAUAGACUCUAUUCAGAUAUACAAAAUUCUAAUCCUAAUUAAAAUGCGAAAAGUUGGCAUCACUGAACACAGUCUGUAGUCUGAUGAACUCUGAAGCAUGAUUUGAUUUUAUUUGUCAACAUCAAAUGUCUAUAUUUAGAUUUGUCAGUUGUCACUUGGUUUGUUAGUUUGAAAGAUUUUGAAAGUCACAUUUAGGUAUACAAUUUUGUUGUUACUUGUGUCUUGUACAUCUUGAAUUUUGUUAUUUAUAAUAUUUUUAUUCCAAUGUUUCGAUAAGAAAACUGACGAGAUUUGAAAUAGUAAUAUAUAAUUGGAAACGAGAUAUUAUGAGUAUUCUAUCAAUAUUUCUGGGUGAAUUUAUUAAUAUUAUGUUUAAAUAAUCAUGUAAAAAUGAAUUAAAAGUUUGAUCUCUAAAUUUAACCUAAAGCCGGCUACAAGUAGUUUUGCAUUUUGUCAUCAUGACUACAAUUAAGUUGGGUCCCAAGGGUCGCUAAGGAUCCUGAUGUUUAAUCACAAGUUACCAACUGACUUUCCAAUGCAAACCCUCCGUAAGAAAACCAGCCCUUGCAAAUACAAGAACGAGCCGGGUCGAUUUCUCGGGGAGGGUGUACCUUUUCGCGCCAAAUUAAUAGGCGUAUUGGAGGUACCUGAGGCUCGUGGUGACAAGAUGUGUCAAGAGGCACUCAGUGAUCUCAAGAUGGCAAUACGAGCUGCUGGCGAACACAAGCAGAGGAUACAGGUGCAUGUAGCGAUUGAUGGACUGCGGUUGCGGGAUGAUAAGACCGGGGAUUCUCUUUACCACCAUCCAGUUCACAAGAUCUCGUUUAUCGCGCAAGAUAUGACCGACUCCCGCGCAUUUGGUUACAUAUUCGGCUCACCAGACACCGGUCAUCGUUUCUUUGGUAUUAAGACUGAUAAAGCUGCUAGUCAGGUAGUUAUAGCAAUGAGGGACCUAUUUCAAGUAGUGUUCGAGUUGAAGAAGAAAGAAAUCGAGAUGGCCAAACAAAAUCUUGAAGAGAACAAACAAACACAUCCCAGCAGUUUGUUAAAGCAAAUAAACCUUUUCGAGAAUAAGUCCAAGAAUUCCACAAGCGAAAGUCCAGCUAAGGCAGUGGAGGGUGCGGAGGGGGGUGUGGCAGAAUUGGUUGACUUGGAACAGGAGUUAUGCUCUCUGCGAAGAGGUCUCUCACAAGUGGAGGGUCUGACACCUUCUAGUGAUCCAUUCGGGGACUCUUUCAUAACACCCCCACAGAAAGGAUUACUUCCGCCUCCACCAGGCGCUGGUCGGGGCCGAACCACACCUGGAAGAAGUUCUGCAAGUCCUAGCAAACCAUUGUCUUUUGACGUCCCUUCCGGACAGAGCCCGUCUUUGGGAGCCCCGGGGCCAUCCGUGGGGCUUUCCGGACCCUCGGUGCAAGGCCUUGGGGGACCCGUGGCCUCUUUUGGAUCAGACUUCGAACAAUCCUCGCUAGUCGAUAAUGUUCCUGAACCAUUGGUUGGCUCGGUCGCCGGCAGCCGCCCGGCGCCCUACGACGUAUUCACCGAACUAGACCCUCUCGGCACCGGCCGGAGUAAACCUUACGUUGACAAAAAACUCUUCUUUCAGGAGCUCAAAAACCCACCAAAGAAAGUACUCAAAGACCUCGUCCCGACGACCUCCAUACUAAACGAUAUAUUACCGGUGACAGAACCCACGGACUCCUACGGUCCCACUACCACCAUGACGUCCCUCUCUCGUCACUCGGGCGGAACGGUGUCGAUAGUGAAAAACAAUCAGAGUACGGGGUACACGGGCUUCUUUUCCAGCGAUCCGUUCGCGGAGACCGAUCCUUUCGAUAAUACCGACCCGUUCUCGGAUACGUUCAAGGAAGACCCUUUUACGAGUAUGCAAGAGUUUUCAAAGUCGAGUUUUUUGAGAGCCGAGGACUCGAAGAGCAAAUUGAGCAAAGAUCCUCUAGAUAAGGAGAUCGGCCUGGAAAAUAGAACCGAAAAGAAUGUGUUUAAUGGUCCGCUACACGUGUCCUUACCUCCCGAACCAGUUCCUAAAUCGCCGAGACUACAAAGGCAGAUGACAGACACAACCACUAUCCGCCAGCGUCCACAGCCCAGUUCUAAGAUGCCAGAUAAUGCGUCACCUCCUCCACCCUUACCCCCUAAGAAGGUUUUAGAACCGGGUUUGCCCCCGCCCAGACCGCCGCACGAGUAUGAACCGGAUGUGGAAGAUUUGGAAACCGGACCGCCCUUACCGAAACCGGUUCGGAAGAAAGAGCCUGUGGCGGACCGCAGUAUGAAACCGCGUAUGUCGUCAGUAACGACCAACAGUAGCGAGGACGAAUACCUUGCGCCUGCGCCGCCGCCUUUGCCGGCCGCAAAGCGAUUUGAUAUCACACUCUGUCAAUUACUCACGCUGACUAUGGACGAAUUGGCCAUUAGAUUGCGUGUACCGGCGACGACACUAUCUUCAAUGACGUUGCCACAACUGACUGAGUACUUGCGUUCUUAUUUAGCGGCCGAUGUCGAACGGGCGCAUAUACACGUUGAGCCAUCAAAAGCCAAAGAGAAAGAAAAUCUAACACCUAUACUCUCUAAUACAAGAAUGCCUGAAAAGAUUACUCCCUUACCAUCGCUCGCAAAUGACUUCAAACCACAGUUCGAAGACAACUUCGCUCCAACCGACUCUGCAGACACAUUCGUUGCUAACUUCGAUGACUUUGACCAAAAGGCAAAUAGCUCUUAUGACAGAUAUGCGGCGUUUAGAGAAAUACAAGAGCAAGAAUUAAAAGCUAAAUCAAUACUUGAUCCAAAAGAGCCCGCAAAAGAAGACAAAGAACUCACACACAUUCAAGAAUUAGUAAAGACUGAAGACAAAAGUCCACUUAAAUCGUUAGACGAGUUGACGCUCAAUACGUUCAAUAUGUUCAGAAAUUCAGUCAGUCCGAAACCAGUUGACGCUAAAAUAGAAGAUGUUAAGAAUGUUAUGAUGAAUCUACAGUUAGAAAAAUCGAGACGUAGCGUAUCGCCGCGAGAGGAGAAACUGGACGAGACCGAUAGAUAUGCUGCAUUACGGGAAAUCACAAUAACAGAGCCACAAGAUGACUUCGAAUCUAUUCCCCCCGAAGUUCCUAAAGAACGAAAGAAGUCCGACGAGAAAUCAGAUGGCUUCGACAAUUCGGAUUUCUUCGACUGUAUUGACAACAGUUCGUUGUCGUUUACGCAUGUUGAAGACGCUUUUAGGAAGAGUCCGGCUGUGAAAGAAAGAGAAGAGGAGAAGAUAAUUGAAAAAAGUGAGACGCCCAUAGAUAUUCUACCGGUUAGUUUGCAGCCGCCUCAAAGGCUUUCGGCUGGGUCUAUCAGCGAUGUUGCUAGUGGAUCUUCACCUGAUACUAAAGAGCGGUGUGUGGGCAGCGGUGGGCUGAGGCGUCUGGCCUGGAAUGAGGGCUGGUCUUCAGACUCGAGGGACUCAGAGCCGCGGAGGAGAAGGAAGACGCAUUUUGGACAAAUAGUUCAAACAUCAUCGUCUUCCCGCGAUGCGUCCCCGUGGGAGGAAGAAAGGUCGAUUCGACACACUACACGACGCGACAGAGAGUCACGCCACAACUCAUCAGGUUCGCGGGAAUGCUUGGACUCCGGCAGUGGACGUGAGAAGGAGAAAAUAAGAGACAAAAGAGAGAGUAGAGAUCAACGCGAUUCGGGAAGUGGAAGGGAUCGAAGGGAUCUCAGUAGGGAAAAGAGAGAUAGACGUAGUCGUGAUCGCGAUGAUUGGGAUAGAGAUAGACCAUACCGGGAAAGAGAUUACAGGGAUUCAAGAAGCCGCGAAAGAUCUAAAGAUUACAGGGAAAUGGAGCGACAUAGGAAAUCACGGCACUCGUAUGAUGAUGAUGAAGACUACAGCGACGGCUGUGGAUCAGGCAGAUCUUCACCCAGAAAAAGAUGGCCAGAACAGAGGUGGAGAAGAGACGAAAGGCAUUAUGGAUCUCUGGGCUGGAGAGAAACAAGGCGUCGUCAUGAGUUAAGGCAAGCUGAAGACUCUAAUGAACGAAGAAUGCCAUCAACAUAUACCCUGGGUUGGCCUGGCCGUCGUUCUGGCAGCCACCGCGAAUCUAACAGAGACCUUCGGGACUCAGGACGCGAGCAUUCGGGACGGGACUCCCGAGAACAUCGAGAAUCGGGUCGGGACUCCGGCCGGGACUCAAGGGAUCCGCGGGAUUCAGGACGAGAAUCAGGUCGAGAUUCCCGGGACCCCAGAGAUUCUGGACGGGAGUCGGCGACUUCAAAUCGGGACUCCAUACGAGAUUCCCGCGAUCCUCGAAGGAGGAGGCGUGAAGAAGCCAGAGUCCGCCCCAACUAUAGGUUCUCCAAUGAUUUCUCGCCUCGAGAAAAGGAGCAUUCUCCGUUCGAUAAUGACUAUCAAGAAUCGCCCGCUGUUAUCAAGAAACGUGCGCCGUAUUCGAGUCUAGAAGGAACGAGAUUUGCCUUCGAAGAGGAUACAACAGCGUCCCCUAUGAGCGGCAGUUCGGCUCGUGCCAGAGACGGUGACUCGCCAGCCGCGCGUUUCCGAUUCGACUCUGACUCGAUCUCGCCUCGCUCCAUGUUUGAGGACGACUUUACGUUGCCCCACGUGCCCCAUAUUCGUCCUCGCACUGCAUCUAUCGCUGAAGAGGAGGAAGGGGACAUUCCCCCUCUUAGAACCAAACCGCCCCCCCAUAAAGACAUUAAAAAGUCAGAUUCCGUCAAUAUUUUCACACGCGAGAUCGACCCGUUUGAGAAUGACGCGUUUUUCGCGUGCACUGGGUCAGAUAAAGUCGCAAAAAGGGAGAAUUGGCCUGGGGACUUUGUCGCGUUCGAAGAUAUAUGAAAUUUAUAGUAUGAACUCUUUAAAGGGACAAUUACUUAACCUUGAUCUGGGUGGUUAGAAUGUAAAAUGAAAGACAACCGCGUUUCGCUUGAUUGUCGAAAGGAACGAUGUCUUGUGUAGUCUGUGAUUGAUAUAGACUAUAGAGACUGACCUAUCAAAAUCAAGCAAAAUGUUGAGUUUUUUACAUUAAAAUCGCCCAGGACAAAUUUUUAAGUUUAUGGAUAAUUUUUUAUUCAUGAGAUUUUGACACACUUAGCUCGUAUGUGUCCCAAGCAAAAGAUCGUUUAAAACUGCAAGUACCGCAAUAAUUAUAGAUACAACAUGAAUUUACUGUACCAAACUAUGGCUAUUAUGUGACAGCUAUAAGUAUGAUCUCAAAAGGAUAAGUUUCAGUGUUUUUUAAGCUUUAUACUUUAGUUAAUUAUCUACACAACUACAAAAAAAAUACACUGUACCACAGACUAUUUUCAUGUCAUUUAUAAUAAAAAACAAUGUUUUGUCUGAUUUCAAUUAUUGUAUACCGUGUACCGUAAUACUGUUUUUUCAUGGUAUAUUAAAAAAUAUAUAUUUUACCUAUUGUCACUAACGUCUCAGUUUUCCUGUGAUAUAGUGUAAAACUUAUAGGGGUCACAUUGCGAUUUUAUAUAUAGUAUAUAAUAAUAAGGGUAAAUAGCUUGCCAUAAAUUUUUUUGUAUAUGUUGAAUUUAAUAAUUUAAUAUAAUUAACAAAUUUUAGGCGUUGUAUAUCAGCGGAUUCCAGAGAAUUGAUUGCAAUGAUUUGGCUUGCCAUACAAAUCAAAUGUUACCAUUCUAGAAAAAUAUUACAUAGUGGACUAAAGAUAGUAAACUAUGUAAAGAAUAUGUCUUUAGUACACGAUUUAUAAGGCCGUUUAAUAAUUAUUGAAUAUGUAUGUAAUUAUUUAAUUGAAUUUGUGUAGUGGAGAGUCUGCAAUGUUACGCUUCGAAAAAAAUCUAUUAGUUUAAUUAUUAUGGUAGUAUUAUUAAAUUAUACUAUAAUUGAAUUUAUUUUCGCCAGAUUGCACUUCAAUGUUAACUGUUAAGGCACAAAAGUGUGAAUUCGAGUCAAUUUGUAAAUAUUUUGCUAUUUUUAUGACGCUUUGUAUAUAGGUAAUAUAUACUCACGUUUUUAUUGUUUGAACAUUGAAUUCUUUAACUCUAUGAUAUAAUUUGCCAAUAUCAUAUCACGUAGGCAGCCUUCCUGUAUAUUAACAACAUGAGGAUCUGUACUCUUAGCACAAACUUAAAAAUGUUAACGUUAAAGAAUAGUAGAAAAUGUAUGAAAAUUUUGCAUAUUACCGUAGACGUAUUUAAAACUAUAAGGAGGGGGUAUUCUUAUUUUCAUACUAAAUAUAUGGAAAGCCUCAUCUUGGUGUUGCCAACCUACAAUACUUAUUAUUGUUACUCGUGUAUUACAUUUAAAUAAAUCGGAUAAAUACGAUGAUUUAUAUUAUAACUUAAAAUAAAUAAAGUUAAAGAAAGAAGCGUUGAAAAAUGUGUAGUUUAUCUAUAUAUAUAAAAAGUCGUAAUAGUUACACUAUUUAUAACUCAAGACCGGCUGAACCGAUUUGGCUGAAAAUUGCUGGGUAGGUAGAAUAGAAUACUUUUUAUCCUGUUUCCGUAGGACGUGACAUAAACGUGGUAUAACAAAACGCAACUCACAAAAAACUAAACAUUUAUCAGUCUAGCCGUUUAUUUCAUAAAAAUGGUAAGUAACGUUAUGUUAUCUACGAUUAAUGAUGAUUGAAAAUUUGACAAUCAAAAGUUUGAAGUUCAUCGGUCAUAUGUAUUAGUGUAUCGAUAUUAUCAGUAACAAUGCCAUACCAAGAAGUUCGAAUCUAUGACAAUAAAGCCAUAAUGCAAUAAAUGGGUGGACUGAUUUUGAUGAGUGUUUAAGUGGACUCGUGAAUAGUUCAGAUUAAUUACAAUCAGAUGUGUGUACAGCACAACGUCUGUCGGGUCCGCUAGUAUGUAAAUAAAAGAAACUUUACAGCCUAUACGAAUGAAUCGCAGUUUGUGCUAAAGGUACAAUUCGAAGUAAUUUAAUCGCUAUUUAUCUUUGAAAUAGGUUAUGUCUUCAAAUAAUUGUUAGACCCUGAUUUGAAAUUAAUCACUUUUUUAUAUUAAUUAAAAGGGACUUAAGUUCCCUUAUUUAAAGUUUAAAAGACAUUAAUGUCUUUGAAUUCUUUAUACUUUCGUUAAAAUUGUGGGUAAAAGCAUUUAAAAUAUUUAAUUUAAUGUAUUAAUUACCUAAUCAUUUGAUUUUGUAUUAUUUAAUUUAAAAUUAAACUAUGCUGUUUUUUUAACAAUAUCAAAACCUAAAUACUCUUCUCAAUGUAUUUACUAUUUAAUUAUUUAAGAGUUUUGUUUAUCAUAAUUACUCUUUUUCUUCAGUUGUUAAAUCUGAAACUCAUUUUUUUUAUUAUAACCAAUGAAUCUAAAGUCAUAUAAUAUUGUAAUUUAUUUCUGUGAUAUUUUUAUUACUAUAAGAUUUCGUUGUGCGUAUUAUUUUUUUCUUAAUAAAUGUUUUAGUAAGUUUUACGGACAAUCUAGUAUUCUUUUUAAUGUGUUUAAUUAUUGUGCCUACUUGUAGAUUAUCAUUGAAUCUACCGUAAAUUACUAGUGCAUGCGACCUCGGUGACGUUACCAAAACUUAAAAUAACAUUUUUUAUCUGAGAUCACGUCUAUCUGUGUUUAAAUGUGUCGGCGGUUAGCGUCAAACCAUACUAAACUUAUAUUGAUACAUACAAUUAUAUUACAUUAGUAAUUAUAAGAUAAUGAUAUAACAUAUUAGUAAAUUUUGAUAGACAAACAAUUUAUAAACUUAUCCAAAUCGUCGCUUUACACUAGAGCAAUAAUUAUUGUCAAAUUAUUGCUAUUUUAUUAAUAAGCAAUUAAUGUUAUUUAAGUAUUUAUUUCCCAAUAUUUCAAACUGUAUGUAGUUUUUAGUUUAAUUAUUAACAACAUUGACAAAAAAGGACUUGGAAGAUAA